AAGUUUGCAAUAUAAUUGAUGUUGACGAAGACACGGUUUUGAACAGCCGACAUCAUAAACAAUCCCAUUUCUUCCCUCUUCUUCACACCAUUCAAACCAUAGAAAAGAAAUCCAAUUGUUUCAAUGAACAACGAUGGUGGCCAACCUUACCAGAGAGACGACGACUACAACGCCGAAGACGGCCAGAGACUAGGGAUGAGGAACUGCGGUGCAUCGCCCCCGGUUACUUUGCUCCUCAGUCCUUCUUUCCAACAUGCUUCUCAUGAACCCUCCAGUUUCUCUACUACAAGUACCGAAGAUGAAGACCUAGAAAAGAGCCGUAAAAUGAAGAAACAUCAAGGAAGAAAAACCAACAGUUUCGCCUACAGAGUUCGAGAUCAUGUGAGAAUGGGGCCAAAAUUAUCAGAAAUAGUGAAGGGGAAACUGAAAUUGGGGGCGAAAAUCAUACAAAAAGGAGGAAGGGAAAAUAUAUUCAAGGAAGUAUUUGGGGAAAUGGAUGGAGAGAAGCUGUUGAAAGCUUCUCAGUGUUAUUUAUCAACGACAGCAGGUCCAAUUGCAGGAGUACUGUUUAUCUCCACUCAAAAGGUUGCUUUCUGCAGCGACAGAUCCAUCACAUUGCCUUCACCCAAUGGUCACCUCAUUCGAAAGCCUUACAAGGUAGUGAUCCCAACAAACAAGAUUAAAGAAGCGAAGGAGAGUGAGAACGUGGAGAAGCCUACACAAAAGUACAUACAAAUGGUGACGGAUGAUAACUUUGAAUUCUGGUUUAUGGGGUUUGUACGUUACGAGAAAGCUCUCUAUAAUCUUAGGAAGGCCCUUUCUUUUGUUCAAAACUAGCCUUUUUUAUGUUUAUUUUUAUUUUUAUUUUUAGUCACGAUAGAUGCAUGUUGUACAAAUUUGUGUUAGCCUUGUUUGGAAUCUAAAUUUGGACUCAAGUAUUUUAUUCAUUCAAAUGUGGUUUUCUUACACACUA